AAUGCAUAAAAGAUUUUGGAAAAUAUAAAGAAAAAAUAGCUUCUCUUUCUAGAACAUAGCACAUGGACUAAACCCUACAGCCGCCGCGCUUCUUCUCUUCCUUUCUUUUCUCGUUCCAACCCGAUACGAUCAUUUACAACAUGGCAAAACCAAAGUACGAUGCAAUCCUCAAUUACAGCAAGUUUUACGAAUUUAUUAAUCGGAAUAAGAUGCAUUUGAAGGAUUCAAGGUAUUUGGUAGACGAUGGAGAUGUAGAUAUUGAGGAAGAACUAACAUUGUAUACGGACAUUGAGAUUACGAAUGCUCCUCAUGAUGAUUGGAACGAAUGGAAGGAAACAGAUUUCAUUCAGAUUGGCCGCAGUCAUUCACCGUGGGAUUUCCGUUAUAGACAGAUGGUACCAAGUAUGAGAUUACUUUGGAACCCUCUUAUGAGCAUAGUACGUUGCUGGACAAUGCGAGAAUUGCUGAUGAAUUGGUUUUUGCUAUUAACCAUCGGGAUCCCACUAAACUAUUUUUAUUCAAGAAAGGUACUCCUGAUUCUAAUGGGAAAGUUAAAUUUUGGCAUGAGAAAGUUAGUAACCCUCGACAUGGUUUCUUGAAUGAUGAUGGGAAUAUUCUUCUCCGGUUUCAGCUUCAGAUAUUACCCGCUGCGAUCCCAGAGAUCAGUUCUCAACAUUCUUUGCAUUCCUUCCACAGGCAAUUCCGCAUUCAACUAUAUUGGAUCAGGAAGCAGUUGAUUGAUAACUCAUUUUCUAAUAUGUUUGAAACUUCAAACCACAAAUAUGAAAGUGUAAAGUAUUCUUGUUCUCCUGGUUAUUGGAUAAGGUACUUGAUUGAUUCAGGGCAGGAAUUAAGAGUGAAUAAAGUUCGCUUCUGGGGAUGCUUAUCUAAGCAUUGUGAAGGUCAGUAUGGUUUGAUUGACAUCAUUUGCAAUGGAAUGAAGUCAGAGUUAUCAUCUUCUUUAAUACAAGAUGAUGAAAUCUACUAUCACCUAUCAGGCCCACUUGGUGGGUUUAUAAGUAUGGUUGGUAACCUCAGAUACGCACCCAUCCUAGAAAAUACUGGAACUCUGACACUUGAUGGUGUGUUAGAGUUUGAAAAAGAGUUAGUAACACCUGGAUGGAACAUGUUUGCGUGCACUUUCCUUAAGCUAACAUUGCCUGAUAGCUUUUUGAACUUUCAAACGGAAUUGCCAGAACAACAAAUUAGUGGUGGUUCUGCAGUAAUCGGACCAGCUCCAGCCGAAAGUAAUGUUCCUGUCAUACCUGAAACUGUUCCUGAUCGUGAUUCUGCUGAAUAUGUUGCUAAUUUGAAAAUUCAAAAGUUAUGCAAGGACCUUGAAACUAACCUCGUUGCUCUCGGUACAAAAUUACGUGCCGAUGUGGUGACGAUAUGGCCAAACCCAUGAUUUUUCUAUUAUGUAUGCCAAUUUGUUCGAAACCGUCCAAGCGUUUGCUUUGAAGGAACUUAGUCCGGGGGUGGACAGUGGCAGGAUUGCGGAUCACAUGUUUGACAUGCAAAAUCAAUCUUUCAGGCCUAUUUCUAAGACUAAAACAUUGAAGAACUGAAAGCUGAAGCAAAGAGGAUAGGGAGGUUGUGGGGGAGUUUGCAUGUGAUUAUUACAAUCACAAGUUCAACAAUGUCAAAUGGGUAAGUAAAGAUUUUGAAUGCCAUAAUCCAUUUGAUUUGAUUGGUUUCAACAAAGAACGAAAUUACAAGGUUUUUAUCGAAGUCAUGUCUACUAUUUGGAAAAUAAAGAAUUGGUUCAAUUUAUCCAAGGGUGAAUAUGGUUGGGCUAAGAAGAGAGGGCACAAAUAUAUCAUUGCGCAUAUAUACGUUGAUUUGAAGACGGAAAAAGCAGAAUUCAUGACUGAAUUUGUGAAUCCUGCUCAUGAUGAAUUGCACCUCUCUAUGAGAUACACCAAGUAGUAGUAUUUGAUACAUAAAUGUGUAAUAAGUAAUCAGUCUAGUUUUGAGAAUUCAUUCUUAACUUUAGUUAACUUCUGACAUUGAAUUCAAAAAAUGAAAUGCAAUAUUAUUACAUCUCUUACUAUCAA